AGCACGAGUCGUACCAUCGUAAGCAGCAUAUUAACCCACCUAAUAGUAUUCCUUUUUCCAGCUUAGCCCCAGCUCAUUACCCGACAUAACCCACAAGCGGCAGAAAAGAAACGAAAGAAAGAACGCGUGGCUCCAACACGGGACUAAGCGAAAAGCGGAAAUAGAAGAAGACAAUCCGCGCUGGGAGUCGAAUCAAAUGCAUGCUUUUCACCAGGGUCCAGACAUGGUGGUGGUAGUGGUAGUGUGUACACCCCAGGAUCCUCGCAUGCACAAGUCCUCGUGGUGCUGGUACUGGUGCUGGUUCCAUUCCCCCCUCCCUCACCCUCAUCCUGCUCCCUGCUUCACCCUCCCUGCUGCUCCUCCACCUAGUCACCCCGCUAGAAAACAAAUCGAAGCUUGGACUAUCUGA